GCUUGGGCUGUGAUUCUGAAGACUCCACUGACGGAUCCCGAAACUGACAACAUGGCGAGUGUUCAAGCUGCCUCCCGUUUCCUCUCCAAAAGGAUACUUUCCUCAAGGAAAGCGGUCCCAGCAGCCGCAGUUCAAGGUUCAAAGAACUUGCAUUUCUCCGUUUAUGGAAAGAAAAAUGCCAACGUUUCAGAUGGCGUCUCCACCCAAUAUCCAGUUGUAGAUCAUGAGUUUGAUGCCGUGGUGGUUGGCGCCGGAGGAGCAGGACUCCGGGCAGCUUUUGGCCUCUCCGAGGCCGGCUUCAACACGGCCUGUGUCACCAAGCUGUUCCCCACCAGGUCUCACACUGUUGCUGCACAGGGUGGAAUCAAUGCAGCUCUGGGAAACAUGGAGGAUGAUGACUGGAGGUGGCACUUCUAUGACACCGUGAAGGGCUCUGAUUGGCUGGGGGACCAGGAUGCUAUCCAUUACAUGACUGAACAGGCUCCUGCUGCUGUAGUGGAGUUGGAGAACUUCGGCAUGCCAUUCAGUCGCACAGAGGAUGGCAAGAUCUACCAGAGGGCAUUUGGGGGUCAGAGUCUCAAGUACGGCAAAGGGGGCCAAGCUCAUCGCUGCUGCUGCGUAGCAGACAGGACUGGACAUUCACUACUUCACACUCUCUAUGGACGGUCGCUGCGUUAUGACACCAGUUACUUUGUGGAGUACUUUGCCCUGGACUUGCUGAUGGAAGAUGGCGAGUGUAAAGGAGUCAUCGCACUCUGCAUGGAGGACGGCUCUAUUCACCGCUUCAGAGCUCAGAAUACGGUCAUCGCGACCGGGGGUUACGGUCGAACCUAUUUCAGCUGCACCUCUGCCCACACUAGUACUGGAGAUGGAAAUGCUAUGGUGACCAGAGCAGGUCUUCCCUGUCAGGAUUUGGAGUUUGUUCAGUUCCAUCCCACUGGGAUCUAUGGAGCCGGUUGCCUGAUCACGGAGGGUUGCCGUGGUGAGGGAGGCAUCCUGAUCAACAGCGAAGGUGAGCGUUUCAUGGAGCGCUACGCACCCAACGCCAAGGACCUGGCCUCCAGAGACGUGGUGUCCCGCUCCAUGACCAUCGAGAUCAGAGAGGGCAGAGGUGUAGGUCCAGAGAAGGACCACGUGUACCUGCAGCUGCACCACCUGCCUCCUCAGCAGCUCGCCACGAGGCUUCCCGGCAUCUCUGAGACAGCCAUGAUCUUCGCCGGAGUCGAUGUCACCAAGGAGCCCAUCCCGGUUCUUCCCACCGUCCACUACAACAUGGGAGGCAUACCCACCAACUACAAGGGCCAGGUCAUCACCCACACAAACGGAGAAGACAAAGUGGUUCGCGGACUGUACGCCUGCGGGGAGGCCGCCUGUGCAAGUGUCCAUGGUGCUAACCGGCUGGGGGCCAACUCUCUUUUGGACCUGGUGGUGUUCGGCAGAGCCUGCGCCCUCACCAUCGCUGAGGAGCACAAACCCGGAGAGACGCUUUCCCCUCUGAAGGCCAAUGCAGGUGAGGAGUCUGUGGCCAACCUGGACAAGCUGAGGUUUGCGAAUGGAAGCCUGCGUACUUCUGAAAUCAGGCUCAACAUGCAGAAGACCAUGCAGACCCACGCUGCCGUGUUCCGUACCGGUUCUGUCCUGAAGGAAGGAUGUGACAAGAUGGACGCCAUUUACCAGACCAUGGCAGACCUCAAGACCUUUGACAGAGGCAUUGUGUGGAACACCGACUUGGUGGAAACGUUGGAGCUGCAGAAUCUGAUGCUGAACGCCGUCCAGACCAUCAACUCCGCCGAGCAGAGGACGGAGAGCCGCGGGGCUCACGCCAGAGAGGACUUCAAGGAUCGUAUCGACGAGUACGAUUAUUCAAAGCCCUUGCAGGGUCAGGAGAAGAAGCCCUUCGAUGACCACUGGAGGAAACACACCAUGUCAUACGUUGACCCCAAAACCGGCAAGGUGACCUUGGAGUACCGUCCUGUCAUCGACCACUCUCUGGACGAACAGGACUGCGCCCACGUGCCCCCGGCCAUCCGCUCGUACUAAGAACACCCCUUGGACUCUACCAGACCUCAUUUAGCCACCAUUUGUGGAGGCGGCCCCAACAGUUGGGGAAACUAUGCUUUGGAUUGCACGUGUGUGCAUUUUGUGUGUCAUUUUCUACACUGAUAACACACAACAUCAUGUUCCAAGUAUUUAUACAUCUCUACAUCAUGUCAACAUGUCGCAUCACUCCAGUCUUGUGCUCUCCUUUGCCAGUUUGAUGUCGAUUUUAAAUGUCGCCUCUACUUCAGCCUGGACAAGAGAUUGUGGGAAUUGCAAUACGAGGUUGCUUUAAAGCAGCACAGGGAUGUUUUACCAAUGUAAAUAUUGCCUAAGUGUACAAUAAACAUGGCUAACUACUCAGCGUGUAGAAAUAUAUAUUCGCCUCACCCACUGUUGCCUUGAAUAGCACAUAAUUGUGAUCUAUGGGUGUGAGUGCUCCAAAGCAGUCGAAAGUAAUGCAAUGUAGCUUCGUGUAGUUUGUGAUUUGCGGUGUUAGCAUUGUUAGCUAAAUGAAGCAUGAAACAAAUCAGCCUUAGUGAUGUUAAAUUACGAUGAUAUAGGGAUGUUAUACUACGAGUAUAGAGUAUGGACUCCGGAGAAGGCCAGUGCUAGCUAGAUGUGCUAUGCUCUUGUCAAUAAACAUUCAAAGGGUGACUUAAUUUAUUGUGUUAUUUCUCAUCGUCCUUACAUUUCUACUUGUGUUCAAAUGUUGAAUAAAGUAC